CAUAUAUAGUGAAUGCAGGGUCCGGGGAGAGCAGAUAUAGUGAAUGCAGGGUCCAGGGAGAGAGGAUAUAGUGAAUGCAGGGUCCGGGGAGAUCAGAUAUAGUGAAUGCGGGGUCCCGGGAGAGCGGAUAUAGUGAAUGCGGGGGUCCGGGGAGAGCGGAUAUAGUGAAUGCGGGGUCCGGGGAGAGUGGAUAUAGCGAAUGCGGGGUCCGGGGAGAGCGGAUAUAGCGAAUGCGGGGUCCGGUGAGAGCAGAUAUAGCGAAUGCAGGGUCAGGGGAGAGCGGAUAUAGCGAUAUGCGGGGUC